AUGGGGGAAUUGCUAUCCAUAAGGAAUUUAUUUAUUUGCUCACAUGAGAAAAGCGUUGAUGAAUUGAAAAAAGCAAUGGAGGGGUUAAUCGGUAAGGCGGAAAAGGAAAGUGAGAAAAAAGAAAAGGAAACUAAUGCGCUAACAAAUGAGCAAACAAAUGAGCAAACAAAUGAGCAAACAUAUGAGCAAACAUAUGAGCGAACAAAUGAGCAAACAUAUGAGGCAAAAAAAUACCAUAUGAUAGAAGAUUACCUGGAUGCAAAUAAAAAUAACAUAUUACAUUUUGCUAUUUAUGGAAAUAACAUGAACAAUGUAAAAUUUAUUGUCGAAAAUACAAACUUAAUAAAUAGUAUUAACAAUAAUAAGCAGAAUGGUUUAAUUAUAAGUAUACUAAAUAAAAAUAAUGAUAUUAGUAAGUAUUUAAUUGAAAAAAAUAUUGAUUAUAAUCAGAAAGAUAAACAUGAUGCGAAUGCAUUACUAUACAGUUUAAUCACUCACAACUAUGAGCUUUUUCAUCUACUUAUAGAGAAGCCAAAUAUAGAUAUAAACAUUAACAGUUUUGAUAAAGGAAAUUUAAUAAGUAUUUGUAUAUUUGAAAGGAAUGUAAAAAUAUUAAAAAGACUCUUUUGUAAAAAUAUUUCACCCGAUGUGCAAAAAAAUGUAUAUCCUCAUCCCCUUGUUUUUAUUACAUAUUGCAAUGAUAAUGAUUUAUUAUAUCUUUACAUAACUUAUUCGUUAUAUUAUUAUACAAAAAAUGAAAUAUUAUGUCGAAUAAAUAAAAUAAAUUUUGAUGAAAAUACAGACAAAGUAAAUAUUGAUCUAGAGAAUAAACAUAUUAUUGGCUCUAUUUUAAACGAUGUAAAAUAUAACUUAGCAUCAUUUAAAAAUUUGCUAAAUAUAACUGAUGAAAAUGGCACAUCCCUUGCAGAUUUAUGCAUGCAUGGUAAUAACACUUUAGGUAGGAGUAUUCUUUCAUACUAUGGAGGUCUCGACUGA